UAGGUUUCCUGAUUUGGUUUUUUUGCUCCCAGUAACCAAGCCGCUUUGCUCCAAGGGUGUGCUAUUUUUAGCAUCUGUGUGCGAUGUUCUAGGCAGGCCUCUUCUCUGCCAUAUCUAUCCUGUUCCUUGGAGGCUUGGACUGAUGAAAGAAAGUUCAUGAUUCCCCCUCUAGUUACAGCAUCUCGCGGUUCUAGUUCAUUUCUUGGGGCCAUAUUUUGUGUUGUGGUUCCAGUAACUUUGGUUGCAGCUUGCUAUGCGUACAACGACUUUUAGUACGAACCUGUUACGACCAGAUACAAUCAGACAGUGGACCGUAGUAAUAAGAUAUGCCAGUUUGGGGAAGCUUACAACCACACUGCUUACAACUGGCUUCUUUACGGUGGAUCAUAUAACUUGUAAGGUCAUUCCCGGAGGGAUGGGAGAGUGCAAUGAGUACAGAUGUUGGGAGGAGCUGCUACCAGAUGCCCUGGGCCUCAUCUUUCGCAACCUCUCCCUUCAGGAGGUUCUUACUGUGGUUCCCCGGGUUUGCAAAUCCUGGAGCCGGGUGGUCUCAGGGCCCUACUGCUGGCAGGAGAUCAACAUCCAGGAUUGGUGCGAGCAGCAUAAGAAGCCUGAAGAGCUCACUCGCAUGGUUCAUAUGCUCAUCGCUCGCAGCAGUGGUUCACUCCGUCGCUUAAGCGUGUCUGUGCUUCCCAACGACUCAGUGUUCACCUUCAUUGCAGACCAUGCACGGUCACUUAAGACCUUAGAGCUUCCAAGGAGCGAGAUCAGUGACUGUGUAGUUGAAGGUGUUGCACAAAGAUUGUCCAACGUUACAUUCUUGGAUGUAAGUAGCUGUAAUAAGAUUGGUGCCCGUGCUCUGGAGGCAUUUGGCAAGAAUUGCAGAUCCCUUGUCGGACUUCGGCGGGUCAUGCACCCGACAGAUGUUGAUGGCAAGGUCUGCCAACAUGAUGAGGCCCGUGCUAUUGCUUGCAAUAUGCCAAAGCUCCGCCAUCUUGAAAUAGGUUACAUGCUCAUUGAGACGAAGGCUGUUGUUGAGAUUGCCUCUCAGUGCCAUGAUCUCAAAUUCUUAGAUCUGCGUGGCUGCUGGGGCGUGGAUGAUAAAUUGCUAGAAGAGAGGUAUCCUGGGCUGAAAGUCCUAGGUCCGCGUGUUGAUGACAUCUACGAGAACAGCUUCUGGGAAGAGUGCUCAGACGACUCCGAUGAUGAUUCCAUCUAUUCAUGGGAGUUCAUGGAUGAUGAAUAUUAUGCCAUUGGAAGUGACGACGAGGCUAUAUGGGACGACGGUCAGGGCCCUGAAGGAUUAGAAGUCAGGUUCUGGGGGGGUGAAUUCAGUGAAUAUGGCACUGGUUUUGAUUGGCCGUCAUCUCCAUGAAAGCUGCAUUAACAACUUUUUCAGACGAGUGCUAUUUGUUCCUGCUGUCGUGGUGACAUCUUAUAUGUUCCGACUUUAAAGCACCUUUGUUCCAUGUUAUGUGUUUGUAAUCGUGUUACCUGUAGCUUGCAGAUAUUUGAAGUGAAUUAUCUGGAUAUAUAAACUUUGGUGCUUACAUAAAGCAAAUCAAUGUGAUGACUGGUGAGGAAAACACCUCUACUGCAUGCAA